AUGGACAAUUUAUGGCAGCGCCGGUCGAACUCCAGCAAGCUUGCCCUCUCCACAUCCAACUCAAACAGCGCCAACAAAGAGAACACAAAGUCUGAGAAUUCUCGUCCAUACCAACCUGCGAAGCGCUUUGGCGGCGGGGAAGGGUCUUUUAGCAGCAAAUCCAAUCCAUUUAAUGGCAUUGCUCCCUUAACAACCACGAAUGCUGCUUCGCCUACAAGUGGUGCCUCAUCAGCUUUUGGUCUUGGAUCUGGGGCUUUUGCAUCAUUUGGAUCUUCUGCGAAGACACCAAGGACUCCAGGGACUUCUCUUGACUUCGGCAACUCCACACCUUCGACUGCCGCUGGCGAGAAGCGGGAGAAGGAGAAAGACAGCGUUGGGUCAGAUGUCAAGACGAACCCCUCAGCAUUAUCUUUGAACAACAAGUCAUCCACUACACCUUCAGAGCACUCUCUUAAGUCCACUUGGAUCGUAUGGUACCGACCUCCAACGUCUAAAUACUCCGACUACGAAAAAUCGACUAUACCUCUCGCAUACUUCUCUUCUGUCGAGGCAUUCUGGACAGUUUACACUCACCUCAAGCGACCAUCAACUUUACCCUCAGUCUCCGACUAUCACAUCUUCAAGAAGGGCAUUAGGCCAGUAUGGGAGGACGACGAAAAUAAGAGAGGAGGCAAAUGGAUCAUCAGGCUGAAGAAAGGUGUCUCGGACAGAUACUGGGAGGAUUUGCUUCUGGCAAUUGUGGGCGACCAAUUCGCUGAGGCUGGUGAGGAGGUCUGCGGUGCUGUGUUGAGUGUAAGAAGCGGCGAGGAUGUGCUGAGUGUCUGGACGAGGAUCGAUGGUGGGCGUAAUAUCAAGAUUCGUGAGACGAUCAAGCGCCUCCUCGCUUUCCCCGCAGACACCAGCAUCGUCUGGAAAAGCCACGACGACAGCAUAGCCCAACGCUCAGCAAUCGAUCAAGCACGCCAUGAGAAGGGUACUGGCUCUGGACCACACCACGGCCAAGCCAAGAGGAGGGAGACCAUCAAUGAAGAUUCGGCUCCGGAGAAGCCAAGGGGAACAGCAGCAUGA